UUUACUUAAACAUGGGAAAACUUACUUUGUACGGUUUGACGGCCAGCCCACCAGUCCGGGCCGUAAGACUGACCCUGGCCGCCCUCGGGCUGUCCUACGAGUUCGUCGUGGUCAACACCAUGGCCAAGGAGCUUCGUACCCCUGAGUUCCUGAAAAAGAAUCCCCAGCAUACGGUGCCCACCUUGGAGGACGAUGGGCACUACAUUUGGGACUCCCAUGCUAUCAUCGCCUAUCUGGUCUCCAAAUACGGCCGGACCGACAGCCUGUAUCCGAAGGAUCUUCUCCAGCGAGCUGUGGUGGAUCAACGGCUGCACCUAGAAUCUGGAGUAAUCUUUGAGGCGAGGUUGAGGAGCAUGGUGAGACCAGUCACUAAUGGAAAGACUGUAAUUCCCAAGGAGCGUUACGAUGCUGUUAUCGAGACCUACGACCUUCUGGAGACUCUUUUGAAGGAUGACGACUAUAUUGCCGGAAAGCAACUGACCAUUGCCGACUUCAGCCUGAUCUCAUCCAUCUCCACCAUGAGAAUAUUUGUGGACGUGGAUCCGGCCAAGUACCCGAAGGUUUCUGCCUGGUUCAAGAGACUGGAGCAACUACCCUACUAUGAGGAGACCAACGGCAGUGGUGCCCGGGAAUUCUCUGACUUUAUUCGGAAGUUUAACUUUACCUUUGAAACUUAAUAUUACUAUGUAUUAUUAAAUCUAUUUAUU